CUCCAGAUCUGGGAUCAGGGGCGGGUUGUUCUGCAUGCUGAAUUGUGUUGCUUCCGUGCAGGAGGCCUUGUUCUCACCUCACCCCUGGAGGAGCCACACAGUGCAGCCUGACCACAUCUGUCCUACGAUGGUUGUGUCCGAAUCCCGGGACAAGAUGUACUACCCUCCUCCCGACCUGCAGAGGGAUGCUCACGUGCCUGAUCUGAACUCCUACCUGGAAAUGUACAAGAAGUCGCUGGAGAAUCCAGAAGCUUUCUGGAAGGAGAUUGCUGAUGAGUUCUUCUGGAAGAAGCCAGCGGCAGGGCCGAUGCUUCAGUACAACUUUGACGUAACGAAGGGCAGCAUAUUUGUCAAGUGCAUGGAAGGAGCCAAAACCAACAUGUGCUAUAACGUUUUGGACAGACAUGUGAGGGAAGGGAAGCUCGGUGAAAAGGUUGCCUAUUACUGGGAAGGUAACUCUCCCGACCAUCACCAGACCAUAACGUAUAGCCAACUGCUGAGCCACGUCUGCCGCUGCGCUAAUGUGCUCAAGAAAAUGGGUGUGAAGAAAGGAGACAGGGUGUCCGUCUACCUGCCCAUGAUCCCAGAGCUCGUCUACACCAUGCUGGCCUGUGCCAGAAUUGGUGCUGUUCACUCUGUUGUGUUUGCAGGUUUUUCCUCCGAGUCUCUGUGUGAGCGGAUCAUGGACGCCCACAGCAGCGUUUUGGUGACAGCAGACGGUGUUUAUAGAGGGGAGAAGCUGAUCAACCUGAAGCAGAUUUCAGAUGAAGCGGUGGAGAAAUGCAAGGAAAAAGGGUCGUCUGGUGUCGCCAAAUGUCUGGUCGUAAAGCACGAAGCACUGAGGACACAAGCUGGAUCUUCAUGCAACAAAUUACAGACCCCCUGGGACUCAGAGCGAGACGUGUGGUGGGACGAGGCCAUGGGGACCGCUGACGAUGAGUGUGAACCUGAGUGGGUGGAUGCUGAGGACCCGCUGUUCAUCCUCUACACCAGCGGCUCCACCGGCAAACCCAAAGGUGUUGUCCACACGGUCGCUGGCUAUCUGUUGUACACCUCCCUGACCUUCAAACAUGUCUUUGACCAUCACCAUGACGACGUGUACUGGUGCACGGCAGACAUCGGCUGGAUCACCGGCCACUCCUACAUCACCUACGGUCCCCUGGCGAACGGAGCCACAAGCGUCCUUUUUGAGGGGAUCCCUGUGCACCCUCACGUCGGACGGUUCUGGGAGAUCAUCGAAAAGUACAAAGUGAGCAAGUUUUACACAGCUCCCACAGCCAUCCGCCUGCUGAUGAAGUACGGGAGUGAACCGCUGCAGAAGUACGACCUGUCCAGCCUGAGGAUUCUGGGUACUGUAGGCGAGCCCAUCAACCCCGAGGCGUGGCGGUGGUUCUACGAGGUGGUGGGUCAGAGCCGGUGUCCGGUGGUCGAUACGUUCUGGCAGACAGAAACGGGAGGUCAUGUUUUGACUCCACUACCUGCUGCUACACCUCUGAAACCAGGCUCUGCUACCUUUCCGUUCUUCGGGGUCGAGCCGGCCGUCCUGAACGAACAUGGGGAGGAAGUGGAAGGUGAGGCUGAGGGUUACCUGGUUUUCAGAAAGCCCUGGCCGGGACUGAUGCGAACUGUUUAUAAAGACCACAAGCGCUUCGAGAACACCUACUUCAAGAAAUUCCCGGGCUUUUACGUCACCGGCGACGGCUGCAGGCGGGAUAAAGACGGAUAUUACUGGAUCACAGGGAGGAUCGACGACAUGUUGAACGUGUCGGGCCACCUCAUGAGCACGGCGGAGGUGGAGGCGGCGCUGAUGCUGCACCCGUCGGUGUCGGAGGCUGCCGCGGUGAGCCGACCUCACAAGGUGAAGGGAGAGUGUCUGUACUGCUUCGUCACCCUCAAAGACAGCCGGGAGUUCGACAGCAAGCUGGUGGAGGAGCUCAAGAGGCUCGUGAGAGGAAACAUUGGACCGAUCGCGACGCCUGACUUCAUCCAGAACGCCCCGGCGCUGCCGAAGACUCGCUCAGGGAAAAUAAUGAGGCGGAUCCUGCGGCAGAUCGCUCGAGGCGAGGAGGAUCUCGGGGACCUCUCCACCCUGUCCGACCCGAAGGUGGUGGAGGUGCUGCUCAGCCAGAGGAGAGAAGCUGCAGCCUGAGCCUUCGUCUCCCGAUUCUAGUGACUGAUGAUGAACGUCUCGCCUGAUGGACUCUCUCUGAAUGCCUUUCGGACAGAGUCAGAGCGCAGACACGUUUAAAAACAGAAAAAUAUCUUGAAGAUUUUGUCAGCUUGGGCCAAAAUAUCAUUUUAGUUGAAGCCUUUGCUUCCAGAGGGAAUUAUUUUUUAAAUUUUGAAAUAGAAGUCAGUUUUGCACAGCUUGUUUCUCACUGGUUCUGUAUUUUUC